ACCAGAGAAAUACGGGGUGGGUGGAGAAAGAAAAGCUCCACCCGCUGACAGCCGUUUCAUCUCCGGCCUCCCAGUUUUGUGCGGGCCCCUCCCGACACGGCUCCUGCUUCUCUCACGCCUCGUACGGAACGGAAAUGACGUGUGCGUCGCGAGCGAUUGACGGAAACAGAAAUUGCUUUGCGGCCGGCACGGAAAUUGCUUUCCUUCGGCUUCCGUUCUUGGUCCAUGUGAGAGAAGCUGGCUGCUGAAAUGACUGCGAACCGGCUUGCAGAGAGCCUUCUGGCUUUGAGCCAACAGGAAGAACUAGCGGAUUUGCCAAAAGACUACCUCUUGAGUGAGAGUGAAGAUGAGGGGGACAAUGAUGGAGAGAGAAAGCAUCAAAAGCUUCUGGAAGCAAUCAGUUCCCUUGAUGGAAAGAAUAGGCGGAAAUUGGCUGAGAGGUCUGAGGCUAGUCUGAAGGUGUCAGAGUUCAAUGUCAGUUCUGAAGGAUCAGGAGAAAAGCUGGUCCUUGCAGAUCUGCUUGAGCCUGUUAAAACUUCAUCUUCUUUGGCCACUGUGAAAAAGCAACUGAAUAGAGUCAAAUCAAAGAAGACAGUGGAGUUACCUCUGAACAAAGAAGAGAUUGAACGGAUCCACAGAGAAGUAGCAUUCAAUAAAACUGCACAAGUCCUCUCCAAAUGGGACCCUGUCGUCCUGAAGAACCGGCAGGCAGAGCAGCUGGUUUUUCCCCUGGAGAAAGAGGAGCCAGCCAUUGCUCCCAUUGAACAUGUGCUCAGUGGCUGGAAGGCAAGAACUCCCCUGGAGCAGGAAAUUUUCAACCUCCUCCAUAAGAACAAGCAGCCAGUGACAGACCCUUUACUGACCCCUGUGGAAAAGGCCUCUCUCCGAGCCAUGAGCCUGGAAGAGGCAAAGAUGCGCCGAGCAGAGCUUCAGAGGGCUCGGGCUCUGCAGUCCUACUAUGAGGCCAAGGCUCGAAGAGAGAAGAAAAUCAAAAGUAAAAAGUAUCACAAAGUCGUGAAGAAAGGAAAGGCCAAGAAAGCCCUAAAAGAGUUUGAGCAGCUGCGGAAGGUUAAUCCAGCUGCGGCACUAGAAGAACUGGAAAAAAUUGAAAAGGCCAGAAUGAUGGAAAGAAUGAGCCUUAAGCACCAAAACAGUGGGAAAUGGGCCAAGUCAAAGGCAAUUAUGGCCAAAUAUGACCUGGAGGCUCGCCAAGCUAUGCAGGAACAGUUGGCUAAGAACAAAGAACUGACACAGAAACUCCAGGUAGCCUCUGAGAGUGAGGAAGAGGAGGGAGGCACAGAAGAUGUGGAAGAACUCCUUGUCCCUGAUGUAGUGAAUGAAGUGCAGAUGAAUGCAGAUGGGCCGAAUCCCUGGAUGCUCAGGAGCUGCACCAGUGACACCAAAGAGGCUGCAACCCAGGAGGACCCUGAGCAACUGCCAGAGCUUGAGGCCCAUGGAGUUUCUGAAAGUGAGGGAGAAGAAAGACCAGUGGCAGAAGAAGAAAUUUUGUUGAGAGAAUUUGAGGAAAGGCGAUCCCUUAGAAAAAGAUCUGAGCUCAGCCAGGAUGCUGAGCCAGCAGGCAGUCAAGAAACAAAAGAUUCCGGCAGCCAGGAGGUGCUGUCUGAAUUGAAAGCACUAUCUCAGAAAUUGAAGGAAAACCAUCAGUCCAGGAAGCAAAAAGCAAGUUCAGAGGGGACUAUUCCCCAGGUCCAGAGAGACGAACCUGCCCCAGAAGAAGAGGAGCCCCUGUUGCUACAGAGGCCAGAGAGAGUACAGACGCUGGAAGAGCUAGAAGAGCUGGGAAAAGAAGAAUGUUUUCAAAAUAAGGAGCUUCCCAGACCUGUGUUAGAAGGGCAGCAGUCAGAGAGGACCCCAAAUAAUCGCCCUGAUGCCCCUAAGGAGAAGAAAAAGAAGGAGCAAAUGAUCGACCUACGGAACCUCCUAACCACACAAUCUCCCUCCGUGAAGUCUUUGGCAGUUCCCACAAUAGAGGAGCUGGAAGAUGAAGAGGAGAGAAACCAAAGGCAGAUGAUAAAGGAAGCUUUUGCUGGGGAUGAUGUCAUCAGAGAUUUCUUGAAAGAGAAGAGGGAAGCUGUGGAGGCGAGUAAGCCAAAGGACGUGGACCUGACGCUACCUGGCUGGGGCGAGUGGGGUGGUGUGGGCCUAAAGCCCAGUGCCAAGAAAAGACGCCGGUUUCUCAUUAAAGCCCCUGAGGGUCCUCCAAGAAAAGAUAAGAAUUUGCCAAAUGUGAUUAUCAAUGAGAAGCGCAACAUCCACGCAGCGGCUCAUCAGGUACGAGUGCUUCCAUAUCCAUUUACCCACCAUUGGCAAUUUGAAAGGACCAUCCAGACCCCCAUAGGAUCCACAUGGAACACCCAGAGGGCUUUCCAAAAGCUGACUACUCCCAAGGUUGUCACCAAGCCAGGCCAUAUCAUUAACCCCAUAAAAGCAGAGGAUGUGGGCUACCGGUCUUCCUCAAGGUCGGACCUGUCUGUCAUACAGAGGAAUCCAAAACGAAUCACCGCACGUCACAAAAAACAGCUGAAGAAAAGCUCUGUAGAUUGAGUUGCUGGAGGAGUGACAGCCAGGAGCCCUGACUUCACUUCCUUUGGUCCAGUUUUACUCUGGUACAGGGUGGAUUCCAAAACUGCCUCAGUACAUUGCAUGUAGUUGAACCACAUUUUAAAAAUAAAGGCAUUUUUAAAUCUA